AGCGUUUCCUUCCUGACCGCCAUGUUCUCCUCUGUCCGCACUCUGCGCCCCCUUCCCCGCGCCGGCAGCUAUGCUGGCAUCCCGCGGUCCAUGAUUUCCCGGAGCAUGAACACCAAAGUCAACGGCCCGGUCAUUGGUAUUGACUUGGGUACGACGAACUCAUGUGUUUCCGUCAUGGAGGGCAAGACGCCGCGCGUCAUUGAGAACGCUGAGGGUGCACGGACAACGCCAUCCGUGGUGGCGUUCACCAAGCACGGUGAGCGCCUUGUCGGCCUCCCCGCGAAGCGCCAGGCCGUGGUCAACGCUCAGAACACGGUCUUUGCCUUCAAGCGGUUGAUUGGCCGCCAGUUUAAGGACAAGGAUGUGCAGGACGACAUGAAGCACUGGCCGUUCAAGGUCGUGCCGAAGCCUGACGGGCACCCGGCUGUUGAGGUUGAGGUCGGCGGCAAGAAGACCCAAUACACCCCUGAGGAGUUGUCAUCAAUGGUGUUGACGAAGAUGAAGGAGACCGCGAACGCGUACAUGGGCAAGCCUGUCAAGCACGCUGUUGUUACCGUCCCCGCCUACUUCAACGACGCGCAGCGGCAAGCAACGAAGGACGCCGGUCAGAUCGCUGGCCUGGACGUUCUCCGUGUGAUCAACGAGCCGACUGCUGCUGCGCUUGCGUAUGGUGUUGACCGUGCCGACUCCUCCGUGAUUGCGGUCUACGAUCUCGGUGGUGGUACCUUCGAUAUCUCCAUCCUGGAGAUGCAGAAGGGUGUGUUCGAGGUGAAGUCCACCAACGGUGACACUCACCUUGGUGGUGAGGACUUCGACAUCACGCUCGUCAACUACCUCCUCGACGAGUUCAAGAAGGAGCACGGCAUCGACCUCUCGGGUGAUCGCAUGGCCAUCCAGCGUAUCCGUGAGGCCGCGGAGAAGGCGAAGAUCGAGCUGUCGUCGACCAACCAGACCGACAUCAACUUGCCUUACAUCACCGCCGACGCCUCUGGCGCGAAGAACAUGUUCGUGCCUCUCUCGCGCUCCAAGUUCGAGUCCCUCGUCUCGCCCCUCGUUUCGCGCACGGUCGACCCGUGCAAGCGUGCGCUCGCGGAUGCUGGUGUCAAGGCUUCGGAGGUUGACGAGGUCAUCCUUGUCGGUGGUAUGACCCGUAUGCCUCGCGUUGUCGAGACCGUGAAGACGAUCUUCGGCCGCGACCCGAGCAAGGGUGUCAACCCCGAUGAGGCCGUCGCCAUCGGUGCCUCCAUCCAGGGCGGUGUCCUCGCCGGCAACGUCACCGACAUUCUCCUCCUCGAUGUCACUCCCCUUUCCCUUGGUAUCGAGACCCUCGGCGGUAUCAUGACCAAGCUCAUCAACCGCAACACGACCAUCCCCACCAAGAAGUCGCAGACCUUCUCGACUGCGGCGGACGGUCAGACCGCGAUCGAGGUCAAGGUCUACCAGGGCGAGCGUGAGCUCGUGCGCGACAACAAGCUCCUCGGCAACUUCAACCUCGUUGGCAUUCCGCCCGCGCCGAAGGGUGUCCCUCAGAUCGAGAUCACCUUCGACAUCGACGCUGACGGUAUUGUCAACGUCUCGGCGAAGGACAAGGCGACGAACAAGGACCAGUCCAUGACCAUCGCCUCGUCGUCUGGUCUCAACGACUCCGACAUCGAGCGCAUGGUCUCCGACGCCGAGCAGUACGCUGAGGCUGACAAGGCCCGCCGCGCGCUCAUUGAGGAGGCCAACAAGGCUGACUCCGUCUGCGCUGAUACCGAGAAGGCCCUCAACGAGUUCAAGGACCAGGUUGACGCCACCGAGAAGGACAAGGUCACCGCGCUCAUCGCUGAGCUCCGCGAGCUUGCCGUCAAGGGCCAGGCCGGUGACGCCUCCGUCACCGCCGACACCAUCCGGGAGAAGAUCAGCGAGACCCAGAACGCGUCGCUCGGCCUCUUCCAGAAGGUCUACGAGAAGCGCAACGCCGAGUCGUCGUCCGAGGCGCCCAAGGAGGGUGAGGAGAAGAAGGACUAAGCGAUUAGCGCCUUCCUCCCUUCGCUUUCUCUUCGUCGUUGCCCCCUCGCUGUCGUCGCACUUGCUGUCGCCCCGCUGUCCCGCCGCGGCCCAACUCCGCCGCUAGAUCGACUCGCCUGCCCACCUCACUGACGCGCUGCCCCAUUGUCGUUACUAAAAGUACAUUGCACACCUAUUCACUUGUACUUUACUGUCGGAUACACUAUUACGUCGCUACAUGCUUUUAGUUACGCCCCUUGUUUCCCAACCCCACCUCACGAGCAUAGCUAACUGUUAUGCAUGGCUUUAGGCAUGUCAAUGUAUUUUUGCCAAGGGUCAUUGGAUGCAUUCUUUUGUACGA